AUGUAUGUAUAUUUGUGCUGUACCUAACCUGUUUCACAUUAAUGCUUUUAACUUUGCAAGUUACAGUUACUCUAUGCCUAUUUGGCUGAUUAUCCAUUAUGUUAAACUUUGAAUCACUGAGAUACAACCAGGGGCGAACUGACAACUCAUGGGGCCCCCGGGCAAUAGGGGAUCAUGGGGCCCCUGUGUCCUUGCCCAAACUAAAAAAAGCCUAUGAAAAAGGUACCAGGGGUAUCUCAUGGGGCCCCCUACUGACCCCGGGCCCUCAGACAGUGCCAGAGUUUCCAAAU